AUGACCAAGGUUUAUCUCGAUGAUAUUAUUUUUGGUUCUCCUCUUGAGUCUUUAGCUUAUGUGUUUGCUGAGUGUUUGAAGCAAGAAUUUGAAAUGAGUAUGGUUGGGGAGUUGAGUUAUUUCCUUGGACUUCAGGUGAGACAGACAGAGGAUGGACUGUUCAUUUCACAGUCUAAGUAUACUAAGGAUCUAGUUAAGCGUUUCGGGCUGGAUAGUAAGAAGCAUACUAGGACACCUAUGAGUACUAGUUUGAAGUUAAGUCGUGAUGCUUCAGAUCCAAAAGAAUCACACUUAAGCUCUGUUAGACGCAUCAUUAGAUAUGUGAGUGGAACAGUUGAUCUAGGAAUAUUCUAUUCUAGGAAUUCUAAUCUUGACUUGGCUGGCUACUCCGAUGCCGAUUGGGCCGGAAACGCGGAUGAUAGGAAAAGCAAGACAGUGGGUUGUUUUUACAUGGGUAGCAAUCUCGUAGCCUGGUUGAGUAAGAAACAGAAUUAUAUAUCUCUAUCCAUGGCAGAGGCCGAAUACAUAGCUGCAGUCUCUCUCGACCAUGUCUCUACUGACAAUCAAUUGGCAGAUCUACUUACGAAACCACUAAAUGGAUUGAGGUUUGAGUCGCUUCGGAUGGCUGUUGGUGUUUGCUCACCUAUCUGA